UGCUGUCAAACAGUUGAAUGAUUUUUUCAUUCUGGAGCUUGAGAAUCGCGAAAAAUAUCAAAAGCUUUGUUUUUCAUAUUUUAAAUAAAUAAAAUUAACAUUAAUGGCGACCCAAAUAGUUUGUUAACAUUAACUGCCUUGCAGUUCAAUAAAAACAACACCCAACAAUACCUGUGGCAUUGAAAUUUAUUAAAGACUUGGUAGACUCUUCUUUAUUUGUAAAAAAUGUACUGCCUGCAAUGCCUCAUCCCAGUGCUCCUGAUUCCAAAACCAACGAAUCCAGCUCUAAUGCAAACCCAUGUCAUGUUCAUUGUUCUCUAUCUAAUUGGUUUCUUCCUCGAACGUAAGCCCUGUACCAUCUGUAGUCUGGUGUUCCUCACAGCCGUAUUCUUGAUAUGCUACAGUGGAGUGGGAAAUUGCAUUUUUUGGGGCAAUUGCGAGGGUCACCAGUGCGACAAUGGAUAGAAGACAACACCCGCAAUCAUCGAAUCAAGUGCGAAUUGACUCGAUGAGCCCUCAUGCAGAGCAUCAACAUCUACCUACCUAAGCAACUAGUAAUCUUAACCUUAUCUAAAACUUAUCAACUACCGCGAACUGUGUUGACUCUCUGAGCCCUUGCCCGCGCCUGGUUCUCCAAUGCCAGCGCAACAAAAUUAUUAUUAAAAAUACCAAAAAUACCCGAAAGCUAAAUUGGAAUUUUUGUUAUAUUUACAUAAAUUUGAGAGAAUAUUUAUUUUUAAAUAAAAAUAAAAAUAAAAAUACAAAUAAAGAAAAAGAAAAAGAGUGAAAAAUGUGUAAUACUCAAAGAAAACUAAUUUUAAUCAGUUGUAUCUAAAUUUGAUUGUGUUUUAUGUUUAUACGAGUAAAUUGCUAUUGUAGUGAAAUAAGUUUUUGUAUUUUAUUACUUAAGAUUUGUGACCUGUUUUAUAUCGAGGGAUUCCCUGCUUUCUGGUAGUCUUAAUAACUAAAUAUAAACUUUAUUCGAUUCUCUCUCAUGCUAGUAGUAGAACUAAAUAGAUCCAAUUUAGUACGAAAGAAACGAGCUCUGCAUACAAUUUUUCGUUUGAUUAAUUUAUUGUUGUAUUAACGAAUUUUUGUAAAUAUUGUUAGGGAAUAAAUCAAAUGAAAAAAUGCUUUCAUUAAUGAAAAUUAUCGAUAUAAAUAAUCAAAGUUUUUAUUGUAAAACAAAAAUUAUAAAAAAAAACGAAAACAAAACUAAUAGACGCCAGAGAAGUAUAACAUGUAAAAUGUAGCACGCCUUUGAAAAUUUGCGGUUGAUUAAUUAUUAUACAUAGAUCUUAAACUUGUAAAACAUUUAAAUAAUUAUGUAUGUAUGAUUAUGAUUUAUAUUGGUUUUUAGCGAUAAGUUAUUUUUAAAUAAACGAUAAAAUAGUAAUGAUUUGAAGUUUGAAA